AUGGCAGAGGAACCAUUGUUCAAAUCGUUUCUUUCGGGCAUGUUCUCGGACCUGACCACGCCACCCCGAGAGCCAGCGGAGUGGACACAGGACGAAUCCAUGGCUAGAUUCAUUUCUCGCCGAUUCAACUCCACCAUUGCAGAUAAUCUCCUCUCCGCGGUCAUGCAUGGCAUCUACGCAGGUGAUAUCGACCGAUUAAGCGCCCAGACUCUGCUGGGCGGACAGCGCAACCUCGAGGCGCAUGGUGGCGUCCUGGCCGGUCUUUUCAAAUUAGCCACAGGCCACCGGAAGAUUGUGCAAAUAGAUGAUUAUUUGGCAUCUAUAUCCAUGGAUGACUACAUUCUCGGUACUCCUUCCUCCAGUGGCUCGGAUCUGGCAGAACGCCUAGGCAAGGCUAGCACGUUCGCAUUCAAGAACGGUAAUAGCAGGCUGGUCGAUGCGUUGGAAGCCUCUUUGAAGGAAUCUCCCAAGGUCAAGGUGGUUAAAAGCGCAGAUAUCACUUCUCUGCGGAAGAAACCCGAUACUCACCAAAUCAACAUCACAUCUCCAGCAGAAGGUCACCAAACCUUUGAUCGUGUCAUUGCCACAAUACCAGCGCCUGAGUUGGCUCAGCUCUUGGCUUCAAGCAACCACAGCCAGGGACACGCCCCCACCGAGACGAUCAAACGACUUCGGAAACAAAACUACGCCACCACGGUGAGGGUGGUGAAUCUAUAUUACGAGAAUCCCUCUCUACUGCCCCCCGGAAUCAAUGGUUUUGGCUACCUGAUCCCCCGCUCUAUUCCCUUCGAGCAAAAUCCAGAGUGCGGACUGGGAGUGAUCUUCUCUGCCGGUGUCGCCAACGACGGCAGUCCGCUGGGCACGCAGCUCACCGUGAUGUUCGGCGGCCAUUACUGGGACGGCUGGAAGGACAGUGACUACCCAGAUCACGACUCCGCCGUCGAAAUGGCUCGCACCAUGCUGGAGAGACACCUAGGAAUCAAAGAGAAACCACUCGUCACGAGAAGUCAGCUGCAAAAGAACGCUAUUCCCCAGUACACCGUCGGCCACCUGGACCGCAUGUAUCUGCUGUCAAAAACGGUGCGCGACGAGUGGGACAAGCGCCUCACCCUUGCAGGGAACUGGUACAACGGUGUCGGCGUGCCUGCCUGUGUCAAGCAGGGUGUUCUGGCCGCUCAGUACGGCAUCCGUGCAGGUUUGUUUGACCACCACAAUGCUUACCCUUUGAGGAGAUAUGACAUCCGCAACUGGGAACUCGAAGGGGGCCUUGUCAUGCCUCCCGUUCGACUUGAUGAGUGGGACAAGAGUGAGACGUAA